AGUGCGAGAGUCUAUACCAUUGCAUGAUAAAGGGUUUCGCGGUUUUUGUUGACGAUUUGACAAAUAAGCUCUUACAAGCAGCCGACAUGCCUCCAAAGAAGCGAAACCCAGAGGGUGAGGGUAAAGUACAAGUAAAGAAACGCAAGAAGAAGAAGAACAACGACGAUUCUGACGAUUCCGAUAGCGACCACGGAGCUGGAAAUGGAGCGACACCGAUGAACAAUGAACCCGAUGAUGACAUCGAUAUCACCCUUGAGGGAUCCAUGCUGAGUGGGGAGGUCUUGUUUAGUGGCGGCACGAACUGGGACUUGAUCGGCAGGAGCCAGCUACCUAAAGGAGUAAAAAACCGAGGUGGACCCAAUCUAUGGGGGCCCCAUCGUAUUGCGAGUCUGAAGAAUGUCCGUGUGCGGACGGUGGUGUCGGGUAGUACUGGAUGUCACUGCGUCAUCAUCACUACAGAAGGACAAGUCUAUACUUGGGGUCGUAAUGAGAAGGGUCAGCUGGGCACUGGUGACGCAGUGAGGCGGGAUGUCCCAACAGCUGUGGAGUGCCUCAAGGAUAUCAAUAUCAUCUCAGCAGCUGUAGGGAAGAAUCACACACUGUUCCUCACAGACAAGGGUCGAGUCUUUGCUUGUGGAGACAACAAGAUGGGUCAGCUUGGUCUCGGCCAUCAGAGUCCGUCAGUCCCCAGUCCCACCAGGAUCCAGUUCAAGGGUCCUCCAAUCAGGAAGGUAGCUUGUGGAGCGGAGUUCAGCAUGAUGUCAGAUAUCAAUGGAAACCUCUACUCCUUCGGGUGUCCCGAGUACGGGCAGUUGGGUCAUAAUUCAGAUGGUAAAUUUUUCGUCACAAGUAACAAAUUGUCAUUCAAGUGUGAACUGGUACCAAGAAAAGUGGUCGUGUUCAUUGAGAAGACACGAGACGGCCAUGUUGUUCCUGUGUCGGAUGUGGAUGUACGAGACAUCGCCUGUGGCGUCAAUCAUGCGUUAGUCCUCGACACGAGGAAAAGAAUAUUCACAUGGGGUUUUGGAGGCUAUGGGAGGCUAGGUCAUGCCGAACCAAAGGAUGAUCUUGUGCCAAGACUUCUGAAAUUCUUUGAAGGCCCCAACCGGGGUGCGUCACAAAUCUACGCAGGUUCAACAUACAGCAUGGCAGUCAGCGAACUAGGUGCUCUGUAUUUAUGGGGCCAGACAAAGACAACAGGAGAGGCAGCAAUGUAUCCCAAACUUGUACAUGAUCUGACAGGGUGGAAAAUACGCAGUGUGGGCUGCUGUAAUCGCAGUAUAAUGCUGUCCGCAGAUGAGAGUGUCAUUAGCUGGGGCCCAAGUCCAACAUUUGGUGAACUUGGUUACGGUGAGAACAAGAUGAGAUCUUCAACUACACCUCAGGAAGUCAAGCUGCUAGAUGGUGUUCACGUCCACGCCAUUGCAUGUGGCUACGCACACUCCAUCAUCAUUGCAAGAUGUGACACAGAAGAAGAUCAGAAAAGACUUGAGAAAUUCCCUGUAUUUACACCUUGACCUGUUUAAGAUAACUUGAGCAGGGAAUUGCUGACAUUGCAGAAUUCCAUCCGAAACAGUUCUGCGAAACAUGUCACAGAAGAGCUGAAUUCUCCACUCAGAACUACUCAUCGCGACCGAACAAAUUUCAAGCAUGUCUCAUAACUUUUACUAUAUCUUACUAGUAUAUGACAACCAUUUUAAGGAUCUUGUACUUUUGGAAAGUUGCCUUUUUAAUAGUUUUCGAUAAAUUUACAGUGAAGAAUCUAAGUAUGUUUAUACUUAACAUCAAUUUGAUUAUGUUGUUUACUGAUGUUUUUUCUCAAACAAGAUGUUUUGAAGUGUUACAAGGUGUCUAGUAUCAUUACUUAGAUAUCUUCAUUCCAAAAUGGUUACCAUGGUGACAGUUGUCUGCGAGGCAAUGUGUAUAUGUUGAGAAUUCUGCAGUUUUUGUGAAGGUUGUGAAAAAGCAUCUUCACUAAAGUACUGUUCACAGAACAAUUCAGUAAUUGUAUAAAGGCUAUGAGAAGAUUCAGCAUGUGUUUAUGAUAACCUGAUGACCCACACUCACCAUGUUAUUAAAUUUGUAAUUUGAUGUCCGUCUCUCAAGAACUGGUGAUUUGGUGGUGUAGUGGUUAGUUACGUCACUGGUAGGUCACAUCCAAGACUGAGAAUCGGUUGAAAGUAACAGUGUACUUUACGGCUCUAGGUAAUACAGGGCUCGAUUUAACUGUCUAUAUAGGACAUGUUUCAGUGUAGGUAUUUAUUGGAAAAGGCAACAAAAUCGUUGUCACCAACAUGCGCUAACCCUUACUGAUGCAAACAACAUUGGUCGUUAAAUACAUUCAGUCCCUGUAAGUGUGAUUUACCAUGCUCCCUCACCAAACCAUGUGUUAAUGUCAGAUGAUUUUCUUGUUAGCUUUGUGCAUUUUUCAACUUUGAUAAAUUUAUGGGACAAGGGUCCAGCCUGUUUGGGGUUUUUUCAGGUGCAACAAGGUUUUAACCAGGUGCAGCUUGUUUUGUCAGCUUGCACCUGGUGAAAGUAUAGAUCUAAUUUCCUAAAAUCGAGCCCUGUAAUUGUCUGUUACAAGAAAUACAAGGAUUUUGGUUUCUGGUGCCAGUUUUUAAGUUACCGUUCCUUGAUUCCAAGACUGCUAAAACAAUUCAGGAUUGUUUUAGCAAUGUCAAACAAAACCAUGAGGACGAGAUGUCAGAUUGUCACACCAUGCAAUGCUCUCUGAUAACUGUAUAUGAUCUGUAUAACUUUCUUGAGACUUCAUACAUUCAUAAACACCAAAAGUCUAGUUCCAACAAGUACGCAUCUGUUCGAGGUCUUGUUGAGUAUAUAUAUCAAGGAAGUAUCAAUCAUAUGUUAGGUCAGAGUUUUGGACUGUUUGUAUUUGCCGUUCUAUAAAUGUAAACAAUGUGGUGAGCGUCCAAAUUAAAUGCAAAUGUAAUUUGCAAGUUUCUAAAAUAACAUUGAAAGAGAUGCUCAGGGUCUCUAGUUCGUAUACGUGAAAAUCCAAAGGGACUUGGUUUAUUUUUAAAAAACCCAACUUUUGAAGCACUAGUCCAAUAUGAGUAGCAGACAAGUCAGAUUUGACCAAAGGUGUCUACCCUUACUGGCCGUCAUUAAACUUUGGGCGAGUGCUUGAAUUCAGUGCAAAUCAGUCCCUCUAGUGGAGGGAUUUCCCUUGUUUUAAGUCUGUACAGAUACUAUUGCAAUAAAUCAAAUAUAUCAAAUAUUUUAAAACUAGUGCACCUAUCUGAAGCGGGUUAUGUACUCAUUGCUGUGCUAUGUAGAGAAUCAUCCUUCAUGUCAGCCAUUUGAUGCGUUGUAAAUACCAUCUGCAUUCAUCAUUGUAUUCAUUGUCUGUUUCUGUCCAGUUUCGCAUUCACGUUGGAUUACCUUCACCUUGGAAAUAUAGUCCAAAGCAUUACCUCUCUUCUGACUUUGUACAAGAAACCUGUAUGUUUGAGAUGUUAGAAAUGGGAACCAGUCUUAUGUUUUGUACCACACCAAUUUUUUCAUUGUCCUCUGGGGUAGCCUAAUGGUUAAGGCGUCCGCUUGUCAUGCUGAAGACCCAGGUUCGAUUCCCCACAUGGGUACAAUAUGUGAAGCCCAACUCUGGCAUCCUACCGCUCAUGAUAUUGCUGGAAUAUUGCUAGAUGCGGCGUAAAACCAUAAUCACUCACUGUCCUCUGGGCCAAAAGCAAAAUGUGGAUGGCUUUUAUUGAUACCAUAAUAACCUGCGACAGGGAACAACAUUGCAUAACAUAACCACUUGUCUGUUAGUCCAAGACUAGUGAAAAUCUUGAGGAUCUAAUUUCUACUGAAAGCUGGUUAUCUUGCAUUAGUUUGAAUUUAACUGCAGUCAGGUUGGAUAUGACCAUCCUCUUGCCAUUGACCUUUGUUGUGAGUAAUGAGACUGUAUGAACCCAUCCAUUCGUAGAUCAUGGGUGUUUUGUCCACUGUGAAGCGUUAAUAACAUUAGUGAUUGUUUCAUGUUGAGCUAGGGGUGGUGGGCUUGUUAAUAAUUCGCCCAUCAUGCAGAAGGCCCGGGUUCGAUUCCCCACAUGGGUACAGUGUGUGAAGUUCAUGUCCCGGGAUAUUGCUGAAAUAUUGCUAAAAGCGACGUAAAACCAUACUCACUCAUGUUGAGGUACUAUAGAGGAUGUUUUAUUUGUACAGAUCUCGGAACAUUGGUUAAAAACUCUGCAAGAAAUUGAAGUUCCUUUCUGUUGAUUUGAAGUUUUCUUCACUGUUUGCUUAUUUUGUUAACUAUGUUUACUAUUUGAAGGUUUCAUAUUUGUUCAGUUGGUGAUCGUUUCCAUGGUGAUGAGUAAUCCAAUUUGAAUGUGAAUCUAGCAAUCAGAAACCUUUGGUGUCGUGUUUACAAGGCAUGUUAUGUGUAACAUCGUCAUUACUUGUUAGUUAUCAUUUUUUAGCUGUUUGGUCCAAACAUGAUUUUGUCAUAUUUGUGUAAAGGGCAUUCAAAAAAUCAAAUAAAAGUCAAUGUAUAUGAAA